AUGGCUUGGUGCAUCAGCGAGAAGAUUGUAUGCAUCUGCAAAGCUCACGGCAUCGGUGCUGUGCUUCCUGGCUACGGUUUCCUCAGCGAAAAUGCCGAGUUCGCAAAGAUGCUAAGCGAUCAUGGAAUCGUAUUCGCUGGACCUUCUCCAAAGAGCAUCAUGGAAUUUGGUCUCAAACACAGGGCAAGAGAGCUCGCCCGAGUAGCUGGCGUACCGCUUGUCCCUGGCACGGGCAUAAUCACGUCUCAACAGGAGGCGGCGAGCGAGGCGCAGAGAAUAGGCUAUCCGGUGAGCAUCCCCGAUCCAGCAUGCAGCGAACAUGGUACCGACCCCCACGUGCAGGUGAUGGUGAAAGCCACCGCGGGAGGAGGUGGUAUGGGACUUGUUGUCUGUCAUGGCCCAGAGAAGCUUGCGGAGGCUGUCACUUCUGUACGCAGCAGAGGCAAGACCCUCUUCAAGGAUGACGGGCUUUUUCUGGAGCGAUACGUUGGCAAUGCCCGGCACAUCGAAGGCCAGAUCUUCGGCAAUGGACAGGGCCACGUGCUCUGGUUUGGCGAGCGAGAAUGCUCUAUUCAACGCCGCCAUCAGAAAGUGGUAGAGGAAGCACCAUCAUCCUACGUCGAGAGACGUCCUGAACUCCGUGAGAAGCUUCGGCUCGCAUCAACUGCUCUGGCAGCCUCCAGCAGCUAUAAAUCCGCCGGGACUAUCGAAUACUUGGUCGACGACACCACUGGAGAGUUCUUCUUUUUGGAGAUGAACACCCGCUUACAGGUCGAGCACGGCGUGACUGAAGCAUACUACAACACGGACCUCGUCAGGCUCAUGCUCUUGCAAGCACAAGCUGAAGUCGAAGGCAAGCCCGGACUCUCGGCGGAAGAGAUGCAACAGCAAACUCCGGAAGGACCUAAAGGUCAUGCCAUCGAGGUCCGAGUCUACGCUGAGAAUCCCGCUGCCGACUAUAUGCCUGCGCCAGGUCUCUUCAUGGAGGUCUCCUUCCCGAAAAACGCAAGAACUCGAGUGGACACCUGGUUGGAGCGUGGGAGCGUGGUCACUCCGUAUUUCGGUGAGAGACCAGACUAA